AUGGCAAGAAGAAAUUUGACAUAUAAGGAGAAGGCGUCGGUAACAGCCGUCUUGCAAGAAGAUCCACCUUUUAUACAAAAAAUUAAGGAGAAAUUAGGCUACAAGCCACCGCCAACAAUUGAAAAUAAAUUUUCAACGACUGCAGGUGAAGGAUAUAUUGAGAAUGAUCUCGACGACGAUGAUUUGUCACGAAUGAAUCAAGAAGACAGACCUCAGAUUGUUAUUUUGGAUGCUCAGAGAGAUCUGAACGAGGAGGAACUGGAAGCUGAAUUGGACAAAAGAUGCUCUGAAGAAGAUCAGCGAAAAAUUGAAGAAGGGAAGAUAAUUUUCAAAAAGCCCGUGAAACGAAAAGAUCAGCACUCUGAGGAAGAAACAGCUGAGAAACGAAGGUAUAAAGAAGAAGUGAAGGAAGUAACCACGUCAAAUUCAAGAUUAUUAUCGUUUAAUGAUGAAGAAGAUAAUGACUGA